CAGAGGGAAACGUGUUUAGAACUAGUUCUGGCCUCAUCUAGCUUAGAAUCCAUGGCUUGUUUCACAAGAAUGAAGAAUUUGAAAAACUUUGUUACUUACCUUCUUGUUGUAUUUGCACAGUUCACCUUUGCAACACAAACAGAUUAUGCUCCAUAUUUCUUUGAUAAUGGGCCCAACAGUAACAGUGGUAAUCUGGCACUGUUCAGCCUCUCAGAAGAUACACCAGUUGGAACACAAAUAUAUAUUUUAAAUGGAACAGACCCAGAAGGCCAAUCAGUUACAUAUGGACUGACCUUUGAACCAGGAUCCAAGGAAUAUUUUAAAGUUGAUUCCAAAUCUGGAACAGUUACCCUUAUUGAGGAGAUUGACAGAGAGGUGCAAGAUGAGAUUGAAGUAUUUGUUAGUAUAACAGAUGGCCGUAAUAAAGUAACUGAGAAGGUACAGGUGUUUGUGAUGGAUGUUAAUGAUGAGAAACCACAGUUUCAGAACAUGCCUGCAAUUGUAGAUGUCUUAGAGAGUACCGCAUCUGGCAGCAGUAUCUUCAAAGUGGAGGCUGUAGAUAAGGACACUGGUUCAGGUGGUUCCCUCGACUACUUUCUCCAGAGCCUGGACAAAAAUGAAAAAUUUGGAAUAGACCGGCACAGUGGAGUGCUUCGCAUUAAGCAGGGAGAGACUCUGGACUUUGAGAAGUCCACAACACAUUUCGUCACUGUGGUAGCAAAGGAUGGAGGUGGACAUUAUAAAGGAAAGCACCAAGUCCUUUCGGCAUCUGCUACUUUGACAAUCAAUGUUGUGGACACUCAGGAUACACCUCCUAUCUUUAUCGGCAUCCCAUAUUUUGGAUAUGUUUAUGAAGUUUCAUCACCAGGCUCAGAAAUCUUCACAGUUUUUGCUAAAGAUGGAGAUGUAGGGAACCCAAAUCCUAUCCAUUAUUCCAUUCAUUCCGGUGCAGAUGGGGUGUUUGUCAUCAAUAAGACCAGUGGCUGCAUCACCCUGCGUGCCUACCCUGCCCAUCUAAGGAAGGAAAUGUUUCAUAUUAAAGUAAAGGCUUCAGAGGUGGGACCAGAUGGAAGCCUAAUGGACUAUGCCAUCACUACAGUAACCAUACGAGUAGUGGACCUGAACAACCACCCUCCCACCUUUUACGGAGAAAAUGGACCUCAGAACAUGUUUGAGCUUACGAUGUACGAGCACCCCCCAGAAGGAGAAAUCUUGAGGGGACUGAAGAUCUCUGUCAAUGACUCUGAUCAGGGUGCUAAUGCAAAGUUUAACCUGCGGCUAGUUGGGCCUGGAAGGAUGUUACGAGUUGUCCCUCAGACUGUGCUCAAUGAGGCUCAGGUCACCAUCUUAGUGGAAGAUUCUACAGCCAUAGACUACGAGAGAUCACAAUUUCUUACAUUCAAGUUGCUUGCAGUGGAGAUUGACACACCGGAGCGAUUCAGCGCAACGGCAGACGUAGUGAUUCACCUACUGGACACCAACGACAAUGCCCCUAAAUUCUCUUCAGAGUACUAUAUUGCUCGAAUCCCUGAAAACUCCCCAGGAGGAUCCAAUGUUGUCACCGUUACAGCUACAGAUCCAGAUUCAGGACUGUGGGGUGAAGUCAAGUAUUCCAUAUAUGGUGCUGGAUCAGACUUGUUCCUAAUUCAGUCACAGUCAGGAAUCAUUUAUACUCAACCUUGGGCUAGCCUGGAUGCUGAAAUCAAGUCCAAGUACAACUUCUAUGUAAAAGCUGAGGACACAGAAGGAAAGUACAGUUUGGCUGAGGUCUUUGUAACAAUUCUUGACCUCAAUGACCACUCACCUGAAUUCAACAACAACUUUUUGGAGACAACUAUGAUCAUUGGAGCACCAGUCAAAAUAGAGGCGAUUGAUGAAGAUGCGGAAGAGCCCAAUAACGUCAUUGAGUACUCCAUCAUGAAAACUGAGCCAGACAACAUCUUUGACAUUAAUUCUGACACAGGCGAGAUCAUGCUGAAGUCUUACAUCAAGUCCAUGGACAUUGUUCAAAACAUAACCAACCAGAAAGAAUGCACAUGGUCUGUGGUGGUCCAGGCAAGAGACAGAGGAUCGCCCUCCUUCAGCACCACCACUGUGGUGAAGAUUGACAUCACAGAGGCAACUCAACUCAAUGGACCAUUCGCGUCCUUUUUAAUGCAAAGUAGAGACAAUCCCAUCAAAAUCCUUGGUUUGAUUGCCUGUGUCAUUUGUAGUAUGCUCGUAGCCACAGUCCUGGUCUCUACUGUUACGUUUGUGCGCAACAAAAAGUCCAACAAGAUCUUGCCCAGCCGCCGCAUCAUCCGGAGAAGGCCAAAGCACAGACAGUGGGCAUUUAAAGGGCCCGCAGAGCAGGGACGGAAAGAGGAGCCUGAAAAUGGAGAGAACAUUAACUAUAACAACAAUGUCAACACAAACUGUCACAACUACCCACCCCCUCCCAUGCCUCCCCCAGCCCUCCCUCCUCCACCCCCAUGCUUCCCUCGGGCAGGUGAGCGCCAAUGGGCCGGCCCCCCAGUAAGCUACAGUACUGUGGUGCUAAAGCCCUGCAAAAGGCCCAUUAAGACGAAAGAAAAUCACGUGAACGCGGCGCUGGUCUCUGAGCUGAAGAUGCGAUUUGAACAGAGAAGGAUGGCCAGCCAAUACUGACUCUUACUAUUGCUAUGAGUGUGCAGCUGUGGAGUGGAUGUUGCUAGAUGCCCCCCGCAGAGGCAGUGACCCAGGUGUGUGAGUCCGUGAUGAUGAUCAUCCCCAAAGGACAGCGGAGAGCAGCCUGAGGGACAGCAGGCCAUAGGGUUUCAGCCAUGACCACUACACCCAUGUUUCUUACACAGGAUGUCCAGAGUGUCUGGACUGAAUCAGGUCAGAAGGAGAACUUUGUGUUGCUGGUAGGCCCCUCUAGAAACCAAUAUGGAUAUUCAUGCAAUAUAAAGCUGCAUUACAAAUGAUUCACAUUUAUUUAUACAAAUUCAAUCAGAAUGAAGAGAUCACUGUUGUAUUUCUCUGUGAUACUAUAAAAACCAUUUGAUGUACCAAUUUUAUAUGCUAUGUGCUGAAUGAGUGUUUGUCUGUGUUUAAAAUGGUCUGUCCGUAGAGUGGAUCAUUAAUAAUACAGUGGAUCUCAGAAAUACCGGUUUACAGUAUGUCAGUGUGAGGACUUUAUGCUAUGCCAAAUCUCAUUGGUUUAUGAUGUUUUUUUCUCUUUCUCCAAAGGGUACAGUAUUUCAUAAAUGUCCAAAGAUUGUAACUUUCCAUGGGCAUAAGGGUUUUCAAUAAAAAAAAUCAGUAUUCAGAAA